AUGACUAUCUAUGCUGCCCAUUCUCCAAGAUGCGAUCACGGUUUCUUAAACACUAGAACUCUCGAGGGAGAUGAUAUGCCUUCCACCAAAUCCUCGAUAAUAGACUUUCCCUGUCCAGAUGGCGAGCUUGGGCACUUGAUCGUCCGAAAAUACAAGUUGUAUGAGCCAUCUGGAGAGCCAUUGGAAAACCGUGCAUGGGCUCUACAGGAACGAACAUUGUCUCCUCGUGUUCUUGCAUACGGUUCGUGGCAAGUCUGGUGGAAAUGUUGCUCAGCUCUCCUUUGUGACGGUGGAACAGUUGAUAAUUUCGGUAGGAAAGGGGCAUCACUGGUGAGCUUAGCUGGAGAUCUAGAUCAAGAAUGGUCUUGGGAGAUGUGGGAAGACUUGGUUUCUGAUUAUACACGCCGAGGAUUGAGCGUACCAUCGGACAAGCUGCCUGCCUUUUCAGCUAUUGCGUCUCGCUUCCAGGAAAUUUUCCAUGAUGAUUACUGCGCGGGUCUUUGGCGAAGUAAGCUGACUGAGGGGUUGCAAUGGUCCGUCAAUGAGCCUGAAUUAUUUAGACCCGAGGAAUAUCGGGCACCAACUUGGUCUUGGGCUUCUGUCUUUGGUGACGUUCUAUUUCCCAAUAAGCCCCCGAAUGAAGGUAUUUUCGACAUUGAAAUACAUCGGACGGAGAUUAUUGAAUGGAAGGUUACGCUAGCAAACACAGCGAAUCCUUUUGGAAGAGUCAUUGAUGGCACGCUGAGAAUGAAAGGGAUCGUAAAAAAACUCGACUGGGAUGGCGCCCAACGAAUUCCUAGGGAAGGUUUUGACCGAUCAGCAGAGUCAGAACACAGCAUAGCCUACUUCCUAUCAACAAUUGCCUCAGCAUAUCCAGACUGUGCAGCGCAGAAACUGUACAACAUUAAUAAAGUGACCCCAGAAAGUGAUUCACCACCUCAAGAGACGAUCUUCUGGAUGGGAAUUGAAGAAGGGAAGACUUUUAUGACGCGGCCUAUUGUGUGCAUUGCGCUCGAUGGCCAGUUAGCCAUCAUGCUAGAGGAGUUAUACGAUGGCACGUAUGCUAGAACUGGUCUCAUGGUGUUCGACACCUCCAAAGACAUGAAGACUUAUUUCGAAGCCUGCCAGGUCUCUGAGGUGGUGAUUCGAUGA